AUGUGUCGUUGGUUUGUGUAUAUCUCGCCCGAGGAACCCUGUCUGCUCUCCGAUGUCCUCAUCGACCCUGCCAAUGCACUUUCAAAGCAAUGCUCCGAACAUUACCUUCCUCAGCUACUUCCCCAAGGCCAGGAGCAUGAGCUUGACGACGCUGAAGACGCGCUCCUCAAAUUGCGCAACAGCCUGCUCAACAUGGACGGCCUCGGGAUAGCCUGGUAUACCCAGGCAGCGGCGAACUAUGUCAAAAGCGUAGAAGGACCAAGACCGGCUCUUUACAAGUCCCAAUCCCCUCCCUUCAACGACUUUAAUUUCCGAAGUCUCUGCGGCAACACCGAAACCAAAUGUCUUCUCGCUCACAUCCGUGCUACGAGUGGCAGUAUAGUUGCCCAAGUCAACAGCCACCCAUUUGUCUUUGGCCGUCACGCCUUCAUGCACAAUGGCGGAAUCUCCAAUUUCCUAGACAUCCGACGCGAUAUGAGCGACCUGAUGAGUUACGAUGCCUAUUGUAAUAUUCUAGGAACCACCGACUCCGAGCACGCGGCUGCGCUGUAUAUGACCAAUCUCACUGCAGGGGGCACCAAAGAUACGUGGGAGAAACAAUAUCCUAUCUCAGAUAUGUUCAACGCUAUGAACAAGACCGUCGUCCAGAUCAUGGAGCUUCAGAAAAAGCAACUGGGUGAAAAAGCCACGCCCAACAGUCUAAAUUUCUGCACCACCGACGGCAGCAAAUUGAUUGCCAUUCGCUUCCGCAACCACGUAACCCAGCAGCCUCCAAGUUUGUACUGGAGCGAGUUCGCCGGAAGAACCUUGAACCAAAAAUUUCCAGGUAACCCGGACGCGCCUCAAAAGGUGAAUGAGGAAGCAACCAAGAGCGACAAGGACAGAAUCGGUAAGCACACCAUUGUCGCCAGCGAACCCACCACCUAUGAUGAGGCGGAGUGGCAUUUGAUCAGCCGUAACUGCGCCCUUACGGUAGAUGAGCAGGGCAACGAGAAGGAGGUCCCGCUUGAGUAUGACGAUUCAUUGAACAUACGUAGUUAG